UCAAAAGAUUUAUACCUUUGUUUCUUCUUAUUGAUAGUGGAUAUCAAAGAUUUUUGACAAAAUCAUUUGGCUGAGUAUAUUUAAACUUCAAAGAACUUUCAGACUGCCAGACUUUGUAGAGCAAUGGCUGGAGGAGGUUUUGUUGGCGGAGACGGAGGGAGGAGCUAUGAAGGCGGUGUCACUGUCUUUGUGGUAUUCACCUGUCUUGCAGCUGCCAUGGGAGGUCUCCUCUUCGGAUACGAUCUUGGAAUCUCGGGAGGAGUGACCUCAAUGGAGUCGUUCUUGAGCAAGUUCUUCCCAUCUGUGUACCAUAAAAUGAAGAAUGAGUCUGCUGGUCAAAACCAGUACUGCAAAUUUGAUAGCCAACUCCUCACGUUGUUCACGUCUUGCCUCUACAUUGCAGCAUUGGUGGCUUCCUUCUUUGCUUCCUCAGUAACUAGGAAAUUUGGCCGAAAAAUUUCCAUGUUUGUGGCUGGCCUUGUUUUUCUUAUGGGCUCUGUCCUAAAUGGUGUUGCCAAUAACAUUGUACUCUUAAUUAUUGGUCGCCUGCUGCUUGGUAUUGGUGUUGGAUUUGCUAAUCAGUCUGUUCCUGUUUAUCUAGCUGAAAUGGCUCCAACAAAGAUUAGAGGAGCGCUCAACAUGGGGUUCCAGAUGGCAAUCACCAUUGGCAUUCUAGUGGCAGGUCUUGUUAACUUCGGCACUGUGAAGAUCAAGGGUGGAUAUGGCUGGAGAAUCUCUUUGGCUCUUGCAGCCGUCCCUUCUUUGAUGAUGACCCUUGCCGCAGUGUUUCUGCCUGACACUCCAAAUUCCAUCCUAGAAAGAGGUCACCCUGAGAAGGCCAAGAAAAUGUUACAAAAGAUUCGUGGCACCGACAACGUUGAUGAGGAAUUCCAAGACCUUCUUAAUGCUACUGAGGUUGCAAACAGAGUGGAGAACCAAUGGAUCAACAUCACACAACCAAGAUAUAGGCCUCAACUUAUCAUUUGCUUUCUCGUUCCAUUCUUUCAGCAGCUCACGGGCAUCAAUGUGAUUAUGUUUUACGCACCUGUUCUUUUCAUGACGUUGGGUUUUGGAAAUGAAGCUUCCCUCAUGUCCUCUGUCAUCACUGGCGGUGUUAACGUGGUUGCUACCUUAGUGUCCAUUUUCACAGUCGAUAAGUUUGGAAGAAGAAUCUUAUUCCUUCAAGGUGGUGUGCAAAUGAUCAUCUGUCAGAUUGCUGUCGGAGUGAUGAUAGGCAAGGAGUUUGGUGUGAGUGGAGAAGGAUCAUUUUCAAAAGGUGAAGCCAACUGGAUCUUGUUCUUUGUAUGUGCAUAUGUAGCAGCCUUUGCAUGGUCUUGGGGGCCAUUGGGAUGGCUAGUACCCAGUGAGAUCUGUCCUCUGGAGAUCCGAUCCGCCGGACAAGCCAUCAACGUCUCAGUGAACAUGUUGUUCACUUUUCUCAUCGGCCAAGUGUUUCUCACCAUGCUUUGCCACUUGAAGUUUGGUCUCUUCUUCUUCUUUGCUGGCUUUGUGAUCAUUAUGACCAUCUUCAUCACAUUCUUCCUGCCUGAGACAAAGAACGUGCCCAUUGAAGAGAUGAACAGAGUUUGGAAGGCACACUGGUUUUGGGGCAAGUACAUCCCUGAUGAGGCUGUGACUCAUGGCAGGCAAGACAGGGCUGCAUAGUUUGAUGUCCUACUCAUUUUCUUGCUUGUAAAACCAAUAAAAUUAUACUAUUGAUUUGCCUCUUCCUAUUCAAACAUAAAUUAUCCUUGUAGCUUUAUCAUUUUCAUUAUCAUCAACGAUUGUACUAUUGCACGACGACAAAUAUAUAUCUUCAAUUA